AUGGAAAACCCGAGUCAUGGCCAUCAGUGUGUUGAUUUCCUGACUAACCUUCCAACAGAACUCGUGGAAGAGAUUAUGAUGAGGGUGGAUCUUCCAACUGUUGGAAGAGCACGUUGCGUUCAGAGGUCUUGGAGAGCUAUAUGGUCAUACAUUGAUUUCUGUGUUCGUUUUUGCAAGGUGGCCGUUUCAAAUGGUCCUGCGUCCUUGCUAUUUAUAAGCCAAAAAAACUUAUACACCUCUCCAUUUCCCCAAAAAAUGAACUUUGUAGUUGUGAACGCAGAUGAUAACACUUUUCGUAUGUGUUGUAAGUCCAAUCUUCUUUCUCUACACCCUUGGUUUGUGCAGGAAAUUCUUCCAAUUACCUGCCAAUUGGUCUGCAUGAGGUUGCAAUCCCAACUCGUCAUUUUGAAUCCUCAGAUCGGUCAACAACGCAUCAUUCCUGCACCAUUUCAUCCUUCAUUGUUGGAGCAUUAUUGGACUGUCACUUUUGAUUACAUCGAUUCAAUGGCCAUAUACUGCAUUGUUGCUUUAAGGCAGUUGCCAAAUGGAAGAAUGUAUGCUAAGUAUUUGUCUUGGAUACCAUAUGAAUCCCUCAAUGGUGUCGUUUAUGGGUCCUGGAAAGUCAUCUAUUCCUUAUGUCCUCAUGUUGUUAUGCUAGAAGGCCUUUUUGUUGGUGACACGGUGUAUUGGUGCAUCAACAAACUCGUCCAUUGGCCAGUUAAUCAAAUCAACAGGAGGGAACUCCUUAUAGCCUUCAGUUGUUCAAGCCAAACAUUCAACAUUAUCCAGUCCCCCAAUGAUGAACAUUGGAAGAUGUAUCCUUUAGGUUUCCAUAAUAGCACCAAGCUUUUGAAUUUGAUGGCCAAACUGUGCAUAGUUGAUGAAGAAUUUAUAAGUUUGACUGCCCUGCUUCAAGUGUGGGAAUUGAGAAAUGAUGGUGAGGAAAACCUGGGGUAUCAUUGGCGUAAGUUACAUAAUGUCAUGCUAGAUUUCACUCCUCCGACAGUACCUGGAUUAAUGGUCGGGCCAUUUAUGCGUCAUUGGAAGCGUCCUGUAUUUCUUUGUCCAAAGUCAUCAGACGAAGGAGACUUUGUUGUUGCUUGUCCUGAUCGGUAUCAGUUUUACAUUUACAAUCCUGUCAAAUCUAGGUUUACUUUGCACGUGAAGCCAAGAAUGAUACAAGCAAUGGACCAUGUAGCCGCUGGUUUCUUCUGGUGUAGUUUAGUGAGGAUUUGA